AUGAUCCACAGUCUAUUUCUCAUAAACUGUUCUGGUGACAUAUUUCUAGAGAAGCACUGGAAGAGUGUAGUGAGUCAGUCUGUCUGUGAUUAUUUCUUUGAAGCUCAGGAGAAAGCUGCUGAUGUUGAAAAUGUACCACCUGUCAUUUCAACACCUCACCACUACCUCAUCAGUAUCUACCGAGAUAAGCUCUUCUUUGUGUCUGUCAUACAGACUGAAGUGCCACCUCUUUUUGUAAUUGAGUUUCUACAUCGAGUUGCUGACACUUUUCAGGACUACUUUGGUGAGUGUUCGGAGGCUGCAAUUAAAGAUAAUGUUGUCAUAGUAUAUGAACUUUUGGAAGAAAUGCUAGAUAAUGGAUUUCCAUUGGCUACUGAAUCUAACAUUUUGAAAGAAUUAAUUAAGCCACCAACAAUUCUACGUUCUGUUGUCAACUCUAUCACAGGCAGUAGUAAUGUUGGGGACACACUCCCCACUGGGCAGCUGUCCAACAUCCCAUGGCGCCGGGCAGGGGUAAAGUACACAAAUAACGAAGCCUAUUUUGAUGUCGUUGAAGAAAUAGAUGCAAUUAUAGAUAAAUCAGGAUCUACAGUCUUUGCAGAAAUUCAGGGGGUCAUUGAUGCUUGCAUUAAGCUAUCUGGAAUGCCUGAUCUCUCUCUCUCUUUCAUGAACCCAAGGCUUCUGGAUGAUGUCAGCUUCCAUCCUUGCAUCCGGUUCAAGCGUUGGGAAUCUGAAAGAGUUCUGUCGUUUAUUCCUCCAGAUGGAAAUUUCCGACUCAUAUCGUACCGUGUCAGCUCACAAAAUUUAGUGGCAAUACCAGUAUAUGUGAAACAUAGUAUCAGCUUUAAGGAAAACAGUUCUUGUGGGAGAUUUGAUAUAACAAUUGGACCAAAGCAAAACAUGGGGAAAACUAUUGAAGGAAUCACAGUGACAGUUCACAUGCCAAAAGUCGUGCUGAAUAUGAACCUGACUCCAACACAAGGCAGCUAUACAUUCGAUCCAGUCACCAAGAUACUAACAUGGGAUGUGGGAAAAAUUACUCCACAAAAGCUCCCAAGUCUUAAAGGACUGGUAAAUUUACAAUCUGGAGCACCUAAGCCAGAAGAGAAUCCAAGUCUCAACAUUCAGUUCAAGAUCCAGCAGCUUGCUAUUUCAGGCUUAAAAGUAAACCGCUUGGAUAUGUAUGGGGAGAAAUACAAGCCAUUUAAAGGAGUCAAAUAUGUCACGAAAGCUGGAAAGUUCCAAGUGAGGACAUGAGAAGAGGCCAAAAUUCCUCAAGAUCAGUUUGUUUCCCUAGUGUCAUUACAAUUUAUGAUUAUUAGGUACCAAGUGGGUGGGAAAUCAGAUUCUAGUUAAAGCAUUUGUGUCGAGCUACACACCACUAACAGAGUUGCUUAGUAAUCAAUGUAGGGUUCUUAAGGAGCUUUAAGCUAAGGAAACUUUUCCAAUGACUUAGCUUAUUUUGUAUCUUUUCACUUAAGAUUUUCAAAGUGAUUUAUUCCAUAGGGGUACCAGCUGAAUGCUGCACAUUUUGACAGUAAAAACAAUAGGCCACAGUGAUAACCUCUCUCCUAAAACGAGUCAACUGGUCUCAUCCAGCAGGAACUGUUUCAGUCUGUAAUGAGAUGUAUCAGGUGCAGCAAAUAUUAUACCUUCUGAUCUUAGCCAAUCCAAAUCAGUAUCUGUUCCAACAGAGGAAAUUCCCCCCACCCCAAGAAGUUUACAAAACAACUGCCUCUUCAAGUGUUUGCCUUAUUCAGCUUUUCACUUGUGCCAUUAAGCAAGCACUGUAGCAAAAGCCACUUCCACAUGGCCCUGGCCAGGAGCUCUGUUGCUCCACGCUCCAUUCUCAUUGCACUUGGUAUUGUAUUUUUUUAUAAAUAAGAUUUUUACAUAAAGCUCAGAUUUUGAUUUACAGGGACCUUGCUGCAGUAAAUACCAUCUCAAGUUUGUGCCACUGGUUUAGCUGUUAGCACAGUAAAAAUCAUUUGUUUCAAAGGGGCAAAUGCUUUAAGGUGAUAAAAGGGAACACUACUUCUGCUUUUAGAAAGUUAUUGCAAGCACAAGCAUUUGCGCUUUUAAGCAAAUUAAAGUAGUAAAAUAGGUAACUUAGUGAAGCCUUUGUUAUCUUCCAGUUUUAUAAAGCUUAUCCACCACCAUUAAAUCAUAGCCCAAAUGCCUCAGCAAAAAGGAGGAAAAUGUGCCUGCCUCACUAUCAUCAGGCUUCUUUUAAUUCUUUUGCUAUUUUCCUUAAAGAGUUGGAUUUGCCUGCAUUCCUUAGGGAAGAGAAUUCCCUUUUCAUAUAAUGCUUCCUAAUGCGAUAGUCAUAGACUCAUGGACUCCUUCUUUAAACUGCUGUCCCUAGAGUACUUAAAUGUCUUUAGUAUACUAACAAAGUACAAGGAAGAACAUUAUAUUGAGUCAGAAACAAAAUCCUCAGUAUCAUAGAUGAUAAAAUACUGAUCAUCAUGGUUAGAAAUUCAGUCUACAGUUUUAUCAUCUCACUCAACUUAAUUGGCUUGGUAGUCUAGUCCUGGCCCAGUUAUUUUGCCACGUUAGACUUGGAGAAAUGGAGAGAGACUGAAAGUCAAAAUUGUUGAUUCUUCAUGUUUCCUUUUUAUUCAUGCUACUGGUUUUCUUUUCCUUGUGAUCCCAUUCUUCUUGCAUUCUUAUUUAUAACUUUUCUUUUUAUCAUGCUAAGGAUAGCCCUUACAUUCAUCCCAUUUAUGCUGUUAAUGGCUAGUGAUUGGUGCUGGUACAGGGAGCCCAGUAUAGACCAGCGUUCUUACCUUUGCCGGCCUAGGGCACCCAGCUGCCUUUCAUCCAUUAAGAAGAGCCAUUUUUUGCAACUUAAAAAUAUCUAGAAUAACCAUUCUCAGUUUGGCAGCUGAACUCAAAAUGUUGCCAGAUAUUUAUUCCUUUUCCAUGAUGUUGGUUACCCAAUUCAAUUGCUUUGGUUUUCUAAUGUCUUACUCUUUAGAAUUCUUACCUCAAAAGAACAAUCAGAACAUUUGCUUGUCUUUCUGCAAAUCCCUAAUCUCUACCCCUGCUCAUACCUGGACAUCCAGUUUUCCUCCUAUGCUAUCUUUUCUUAUAUCCAAACAGAAUGUAUGCCAGGAGUCCCUUGCCUCUAUCAAUUUCUGCUAAAAUAUCCAAGCAGGCUGUUUUCUCUUACAAUUAAAUUAUUAUAUAAAUUAAUUUGAUUGAAUCCAAUAAAUCCUUCCUCUAGCUCUGGAUAUACUGUCAAUAAAAGAUGAAAACAA